AUGAAUUCGAAAAGUAGCUAUCUGGAGCCGGUAGAUGACGUCGGGAAUCAGAAUGGGAUGGAGGUGGUCGACAUGGACGGCGACAAUCCAACGAGGUGCGGAACAGUCUUGAAAGAGAUUGCCCUCCUCCAACCCGUCAAUUCGGCCCGCGGCGAGUACAUUCUGAAGCGCAUCCUCAUCGAGAAAGACACCGGAAAGCCAGCUACCGGCCCAUGCGUCGAUGCCCUGCAAGACACGUUGGACAAGGAGGACGCCCUCAAGCCGUCUUUCAUCAUGAAGCGCCGUAGCAUGGGUGGCGUCGACCCGCAGCGCCAGCCGCUUCCGGAACUUCCGGUUGAGCCCGAGCAGCCCGUUAACCCGAUCGUCUACUCCCCGCCGGUCAACCACCACCAUAACCCGCAUCAUCAACAUCAACUGCCACCUGUUGAUGACGUUGAUAGGAACAUGACCUUUGUCGACUACGACUCGCAAUUCACCGACGGCGAACUGCAACAGCUGUCUGCCCCGCGCCGCCCGUGGGGUCUCGAGGCGCCAUCUGUGCAGCAGCUGAACGGUCCCGCCUACAGGAAUGGACGCCGCAACAAGUGCUCCUACAAUCGCCCAGUACAACCUGUUCUCAACCCGGAAAUCCGCCCCAACCGCCGAGUAUGCCGCCGCCGUGACCUGCCCCCAGCGCCCCCGGCCCCGCUCCCGUUCUGCAACACCGAGAAGCCGUGGCUGAACACCGCCCCCUGCAUCAAUCCACCCACCACGCAAGCCACCUACUCCGAGGUAGUCCAGCUUCCGGUCGAAAUCGCCCCGCCACCCCCGCUCGUCUAUCCCCGAUCCGCCCCCCGGAAGUGCAAGAACAGCAAGGUCUCGCCGCUACCGAUUGGACGAAGGUGCAAAUCCCGGGGGUCGCAGCACCGUCUUCAGCCCUUGCCACCGAGCCAAGACUUCAGCGGCCCACGCUAUGAAGUGAACGGAAAUGGACAGGAUUCAUCCCUCGACCUCCAGCAACCAUACGAAUUCAGCUAUGAGGACCGUAAGAAGCGCGAGCCCAUCCCAGCCCUUCCGGUCUACCGAUUG